AUGAGGCAAGAGACUGCCGAAGAAGGAGAGGAAAUAAGGAGCAUAUUAAAAGUCAUUGCAUCCACUGCAAAGUUCUGUCAUGAUUGGGAGAAACUGAGAAGCAUGUUGUCUCUUCAUUUAAAGCAUGUAUGGGGAGUUGGAGUUGUACGGAAUUGUUUCCACAUGGGAUUUGGGAGGAAAGUAGAUCCAGAACCAGGGAGAUGUAGAAGAACAAAUGGAAAGAAAUGGAGAUGCUAUAAAGAAGCUUAUCUCAAUUCAAAAUACUGUGAAAGGCACAUCCAUAGAGGCAGAAAUCGUUCAAGAAAGCAUGUGGAAGUAAACUCAACACCCAAUACAACACCAUUAUGA